AACUUCCUAUAAAUAAUAUUUUAUCAUUUUAUAUGAGAUGGGUAAAUACAACGACAAACCCUAAAAAUUACUCCACAAUCAAAUUACAAAUUACAACAACAAAAUCCCAGAAAUUAAUUAAAUUCUUUGUUCCACAUCUAUAACAACCAAAAAUUUCUACAAAAAUAUUCAAAAAAUGCAACAUUGUUCAAUUAAUUGGGCGAAUCUUCCCCCAGAAUUACUAUCAAAAAUUUCCAGUCACUUGAAAUCCAGAUAUGAUCACCUCAAAUUCCGGGCAGUUUGCAAACAAUGGCGUUCUUCUACCCCCUUUUCCGGUCACCUUUUGGAUUCCAAAUUACCCCUUCAAAUCCCAUCUCAUUCCGCCAUUUUCAAGCAAUCAAAUUCCCCAAUUUUGCUAGUAAGAACUGCCACUGUUCUCCUUCAACCUCUUGAUCACACCUCAUCAAUGGCGAAUCCAUGGUUAAUCUCUGUUGAAGAGCUAAACCCAGGUAAGCUUCGUCCCCGUUUUCCCCUUACUAAAACCACCAUUAAUGAUUUACCCUCAAGUUUCCCAGAAAAGUUGGAUUUGUUGAAUUGUCGGGUUUCGGUUUUGGGUCAAGGGCUUAAGCUCUGUUUUGAUAAAUGGGAUGAAAAAGUGUUUGAUUUUUAUGGGUUUCGUGGUUAUGCUAUUAAAGUGGUUUUACUCUCUGAUUGUGAUGCAAAGAAUGUUAUUAAUCAUGUUGAUGUUGUAUUUGCACUUACUAAUUUUGGGAAUUUGAUUCUUUUUGAACUAGAAAGUGGAGAAUUAAGGAGUAUAAGUUAUGGAUUAAGUGAUAAGUUUAAUUUUAGUGACAUUGUAAGUUUAAAGGGGCAGGUUUGUGCUAUUGAUGGAGGAGGAAUUGCUUAUCUUAUUGAUGGUUGUGGAUCAAGCGUGAAAAUGGUCACAUCUUGCACAUUCUCUAUGGUUUUUAAUUCGUUCAGUACUAAGCUUAAGCUUUUGGUUGAAUCGUUUGGGGAUCUGUAUAUGAUUCAUGGGUCGUGUGAUGAAUAUUUCGAGGUGUAUAAGCUUGAUUUUGAGCUGCGUGUGUGGGAUAAGGUUGAUAGUUUGGGAGACCAGAUACUAUUAGUGACCUUUGAUAAUUGCUACUUUGUUGAUGCUGAAAGGUUGCCUGGGUUUCGAGGAAAUUGCAUUGUGUUCCCUAAGGACCGUUUCCAUGCCUAUAAUACUGAAUGGUAUUAUCCUGAUGAUAUAUUGUUUCAGAGAGAGAAUAGGCGCCCUGAGAUUAAUGUGGCCUAUUUGGAUGAGGGUAUCUUUAGGGAUUGUCUUUUAUUAUCUAACUCGGGCUUGUUGGUUUACUUUUGGCCACCUCCGUCUUGGGCUAGACCACGUUCGCUCUCUAAAGAUAGAAUCCUAGCUGGAUACAAGCAGGUCAAAGAAUGAGCCCCUUGUAGACUUCAAUAUGCUCCUUUCCCUUUGCAUGAGGCACAGAUCAUGACGAUUGUCCAUGGGAGGUAACAAAGCAUACAUACUAUAUAUAGCUGCUUGACCAAUAUGCAUUAAUCGGCGACUAUAAUUAUCCUUCUCCUAAGCUAAAAGCCUCUGAUUUUUUUCAAGAUGGCCAUGCUAAAACACUAAAGCUUCUGCUCCAGCUACUAAUUCUUUGCUUCAGUUUUAAGUUGCACUUUAAGGAACAUAUGUCUAUCUUGCUUUAGUGUCUCAGGUCCUAAGUCCAACUCUGGUGGUUGUAAUUUUAAUGUUGGGGACCUUUGUUUGUACUAAGGUAAUGAGUUAGUAUAUAUAUGUCUUGUAACUGGCAUUUAGUACUUCUAACUAGUGAUCAUCUCUUUGUGGAAUAUUAAUGUUAAUGAUAGAAGAUAUUACAGUAUUUAGCAUUUUGAGCUGCAGGCAGAAAGUACCUGCUACAUACAAGUGUUACAAAAAUCUGCUGGCUCCUAUUUGUUUUGGAUUAUUUUUUUGGGUGUUGUGAACAGACCAUUAUGGCCUUAUGGGAUAUAUUUUUAUGGUAUAAUCAGUCAUUCAGUCAACCUUUGCUUUAUUGUCUUCUGGUUGAAAUGAUUGUUCUUUAUUCGAGAUUAUUGUCCUGGUUUUUUGCAUAACUUUUCCUUUCUACAUAUGAGCAAGUGAUUGUAUCACAUUUUGUGUUUUCCUUUCUAAUUUCGGAGUUUAUCUGUGAUUCUCAUUGCACACUUUAUACUUCUACUUUUUGGGAGCUUGACAGUCAUUUAUGGUAUAAUUUAUCAGUCAAUCUGUCAUAUACAGUUAUGUAAGUAUAUAACUAGGAUGUAUAUACUUCAUAUAUAGAUAACUAGAAUGCUUCUUUUUUCUGUGUAGGUUGUCUGAGUAGAUAAGAUAUUUCUUUGUUAGGUUCUUUGGCAUAUUUUAAGAGUCAGGAUCUACAAUCUCAGU